AGAGCGCGGCGGCGGCCGGAGAAAACAACUCCGAAGUUGGCGAGAGGCACCGCCCCAGCUGCCGGGCCGCCGCCGCCUCCCCGCCCCCAGCCCUGGCAUCCGGAGCACGGGUCGAGCCUGGGCCAUGGAGCCCCCUCGGGGAGGCGACACCCGGGGACCUGGACGCCCGGAGCGCCGCUGCCUCCCCAAUGGGUAGACCACAGAGGCUCCGGGACUCCUGCACCUCCAGGAUGCUGCCGGCCAUCCUCCUCCUCCUCCUCCUUGGGGGCGCUGUAGCCCAUCCAGACCGAAUCGUGUCCCCAAAUCCUGCGUGUGAGAAUCCGCCGGCAUUGCUCUUGGAAGUACAGGGCAGCUUACAGAGGCCCCUGGGCCGAGACAGCCGCAACUCCCCUGCCAACUGUUCCUGGCUCAUCCUGGGCAGCAAGGAGCAGACCGUAACCAUCAGGUUCCAGAAGCUGCACUUGGCCUGUGGCUCGGAGCGCUUAAUCCUGCGCUCCCCUCUCCAGUCCCAGAUCUCCCUGUGUGAGGCACCUACCAGCCCUCUGCAGCUGCCUGGCGGCAAUGUCACCAUCACCUAUAGCUAUGCUGGAGCCAGAGCACCCAUGGGCCAGGGCUUCCUGCUCUCCUAUAGUCAAGAUUGGCUGAUGUGCCUGCAGGAAGAGUUCCAGUGCCUGAACCACCGCUGUCUACCGGCUGCCCAGCGCUGUGAUGGGAUCGAUGCCUGUGGCGAUGGCUCUGAUGAAGCUGGUUGCAGUUCAGACCCCUUCCCUAUCCCAUCCCUAGUCCCUAUUCCCACCCAACCCUGCAAUCUCACCUUGGAAGAUUUCUAUGGGGUCUUCUCCUCCCCUGGAUACUCAAACCCAGCCUCAGUCUCCCACCCCCAGUCUUGCCACUGGCUGCUGGACCCCCAUGAUGGCCGGCGGCUGGCGGUACGCUUCACAGCCCUGGACUUGGGCUAUGGAGAUGCAGUACAUGUGUAUGAUGGCCCUGGACCCCCAGAGGCUCCCCGUCUGCUACGCAGCCUCACCCACUUCAGCAAUGGCAAGGCUGUCACUGUGGAGACGCUCUCCGGCCAGGCUGUCGUGGCCUACCACACAGUUGCUUGGAGCAGUGGUCGGGGCUUCAACGCCACCUACCACGUGCGGGGCUACUGCUUGCCUUGGGACCGGCCCUGCGGCUUAGGCUCUGGCCUGGGAGCUGGUGAAGGCCUGGGUGAGCGCUGCUACAGUGAGGCACAGCGCUGUGAUGGCUCUUGGGACUGUGCUGAUGGCACAGAUGAAGAGGACUGCCCUGGCUGUCCACCCGGACACUUCCCCUGUGGCGCCGCUGGCACCCCUGGUGCCACUGCCUGCUACCUGCCUGCUGACCGCUGCAACUACCAGACUUUCUGUGCUGAUGGAGCAGAUGAGAGACGCUGCCGGCAUUGCCAGCCUGGCAACUUCCGAUGCCGGGAUGAGAAGUGCGUGUAUGAGACGUGGGUGUGUGAUGGGCAGCCAGACUGUGCCGACGGCAGCGACGAGUGGGACUGCUCCUACGCCCUGCCCCGCAAGGUCAUUACUGCCGCGGUGAUUGGCAGCCUUGUGUGCGGCCUGCUUCUGGUCAUCGCCCUGGGCUGCACCUGCAAGCUCUAUGCCAUUCGCACCCAGGAGUACAGCAUCUUUGCUCCUCUCUCACGGAUGGAGGCCGAGAUUGUACAACAGCAGGCACCCCCCUCCUAUGGGCAACUCAUUGCCCAGGGCGCCAUCCCACCUGUAGAAGACUUCCCUACAGAGAACCCUAAUGACAACUCAGUGCUGGGCAACCUGCGUUCUCUGCUACAGAUUUUGCGCCAGGAUAUGACUCCCGGGGGUGCCACAGGUGCCCGCCGCCGCCAGCGGGGCCGCUUGGUGCGCCGUCUGGUGCGCCGACUCCGCCGCUGGGGCCUGCUUCCUCGAACCAACACCCCAGCUAGGACCCCUGAGACCAGACCCCAGGUCACACCUUCCACUGGUCCCCUUGAGGCCCCAGAUGGCAACACAGGUCCAGCCCGAGAGGAUGGGGCAGUGGGUGGGCAGGAUGGGGAGCAGGCACCCCCACUGCCUGUCAAGGCCCCCCUCCCAUCUGCCAGCACAUCUCCAGCCCUCCCUACUAUCCCUGAGGCUCCAGGUCCAUUGCCACUAGAGCCAUCACUACUCUCUGGAGUGGUACAGGCCCUGCGAGGCCGUCUCUUGCCCAGCCUGCGGCCCCCAGGACCAGCCCGGACCCCACCUGGACCUCACACAGCAGUCCUGGCCCCAGAAGAUGAGGAUGAUGUGCUGCUGGUGCCACUGGCUGAGCCAGGGGUCUGGGUGGUGGAGGCAGAAGAUGAGCCACUGCUCGCCUGAGGGGACCUGGCUCCCUGGGGGGGACUCUUAUAACCAAGUCAGAACACCUUAUAAGGUGGCUCAGCUUCCCUGCCCCCAUUCCUUCCCUGUCCCUCAGGCUGAAGAGACGUGGCCUCCCAUUCACCCUGUGUGCUGCUGUAAAGUUAGGUGUUCCUCAAGCUGGGAGAGAGCUCAGAGUCCCCUCUGUACAUGGCCAGAAACCAUUAUCCCCCACUGCCCCUCUCCCCCAGCACUGCCAUCCGGGUAGUUUUUAAAAAGUAAAGUUCUUAAAGGGUCCAGGCCUGGAUACUCCAUCCUUGCCAAAUACUACCCCCCCCCCUAAAAAGUGGUCUUAAAUACCAGAAGGCCAAUUAACUAGAAACUCCCAAGGGGUACAUUUGGGCAGGCCCUGAGGUUUUGCCAACAGUAAUCCCUCCUGCAUUAUGGCUCACAAAAUGAGCACAUCAAUGCUUUAUUCCAUAGGUAAGUCACUGCCUGGGAAGUUAAAGUAAACAAUAAAGGAAUCGUAAAUUC